AUGACAUUUGAUCCCAUUGAGAUACCCCUCUCAUUCUACGAGUGCUCAGAUCAGUUCAAAGCUGGGAGUGCAAUAAAACUCAUCGUCUGCUUCUUCAGCUACCAGAAAAACACCAGGGCAACAGUGGAGGACUUUGGUCAGGUGACAUAUUCUCUUCUCCUGGAUGCUGGUCGCACCAACACUCGGGCCCUCUUCCCAAAGCUGGGCGCUCCCUCAAUGCCAACCAGCGUCUUCUGUCAGGGGAAGCAUGUGCAGACCAUUCCAUCCAAAUUCCUGAGUGUGUGGAAGACUCUCUGU